GCUGCGUGUGGGAAGUGGGAGGAGGCACACACGGUCCCACAAUCAUGAGCCUUUCCCCGGCGAAGUGGGUCUAGACUGGGAAAAGAGAGAGCUGAGCUGUCGAGCGGGCUCCUGUCGUGCCCCAGUGCUGGCUGGCUGGCGGGGACGUGACGCCACGCGUGAUAAAGAACGCCUUCAGUUAAGUGCUGGGAUGGACGUGGAAGGUGGCGUACGGGGUGGGCGGACGAGGAGGAAAACAGGGUGCUGCUGUGAUGGCGAUGGUGUCACCUUUAGGCGCGCUUCGUGGGAAGGGGAAGAAGUGGCACACGGGCGACGGAAUUGACAAGACAAUGAUGAGGAGUGGGAGACCGGACCUACGGGGGAGUAGUGGAGGCGCCACCGCCAUGGAGAAGAAGCAGGAAAUGCCCACGUCGAAGGAGGACAAGCGUAAGGACAAGAAGCCGAAAUCUGUCAAGCUUUUCCGGAAGAAAUCACUCAAGUCCGUGGGGAGUUUUAUGAACAGAAUCAUGAAAACCCUAGGCACUUUCACCCACUUUGCAGACACGCAGGACGUGGAGGACGACGACGGAGGCUUUCGGAAUGGCGCACCUUGCACCCUCAGUGCCAGCUCAGGGAUUGUCAAAGAGGAUGUACAGGUGACUCGGCUGGCCAAGAACCCUCCUCUUGGCAGGGACAAACUACCUUACCACUACGGGGACAAAAUGCCAGGCGUUCUGGGCUUGAAAAACCACGGGAACACGUGUUUCAUGAACGCCGUGGUCCAGUGUCUGAGCAAUACCGACCUGCUGACCGAGUACUUGGGACUGGAGAGGUACAAAUUGGACCUGAGUGACACCCCAGUAGUCAACGGGACUGUGAGGAGUGGGGAGACCCACUUUGCUAACGGAGAGGUCACUGAGCACUUGGCCUCACUUGUUCGGGCUCUGUGGACUCUGGAAUACACCCCACAGCUGUCUGUGGACUUCAAGGGUAUCGUGUCUAAGUAUGGAUCACAGUUCCGUGGUAAUUCCCAACAUGAUGCCCUGGAGUUCCUUCUGUGGCUGCUGGAUCGUGUCCAUGAAGACAUCAAUCUGGCCUCACACAAUAACAACAAUACGACCAAAGCUAGUGAUAAGGGUCCUGAUAAAGAUGAAAAUCUGAUGCAUCCUGACCUGUCCCAUUCUCAGCAGCACACUGUCCAACAUAGCUUUGUCCAGGAACAUUUUCAGGCACAGUACAAGUCUUCAUUGACAUGCCCCCAUUGCUUGAAACAAAGCAACACCUUUGACCCUUUCCUUUGCAUCUCUCUCCCGAUUCCUCUUCGCCAAACCAGGCCAAUGUGUGUGACUCUGGUGUUCAGCACCAAAGGACAAAGGUACCUGAGAGUCGGUCUGGCCGUACCUCUGUUUGGCUCUGUCUCCUGCUUGAGGAGGAUGGUGGCUGAUGAGGGCAACAUUUCCCCAGAUCAGGUGAUCCUGACUGAGAUUUACUCCACUGGGUUCCAACGCUCCUUCUUUGAUGAAGAUGAUCUAACCAGUAUAGCAGAAAAUGAUAUAAUCUAUGCCUUCCAGGCUCCCCCACUCUAUAUCAGAGGAGGCUCGGCACGGACUUCAGGAUACCAUCACAGUCUCCCAUCUUCUACAUAUGCUACUGGUCCUGAGGGUAAAAGAUUACCUGCAUCUGGGGCGUUGUCUUCAGAAUUUCUCAACCAGGGCAUCCCUGUAAAGAUUUUGUUGUUGGUAUGCAACGCAGCAGGAGCAGGCCAACAGACUGUUAGGUUUGGCCCUCCAUUCUUAAUGAGGGAGGAUCGGUCCAUUUCCUGGGAUCAGUUGCAGCAAAGCAUUCUGAGCAAGCUUUACUACCUGAUGAUCAAUGGGGCACCGGCACAGAAUAAAAGAGUACUCUUCAACAUCCGUGUAGUGGGAGGAUCAUCAUUUUACAGCUACUUGUCACCACAGGACAAUCGGCCACUGUACCAUCCUGCCGUUGACAGAGCUCUGAAACUCUGCAGCCCAGGCGGACCCCCACACGUGAAGCUCAUCAUUGAAUGGGAGUACAGAAUCAAAGACUGCCUGUUUGGUAACAUUCAGGAAGAGGUGGUGAAAGAUGAAGACAGCGUAAGGAAUCAGCAGCAGCAGCAUAUCCAACAGUACAGCUGCACCUUGGAUGAGUGUUUUCAGCUCUACACCAAAGAGGAGCAGCUCGCCCCCGAUGAUGCCUGGAAGUGCCCGCACUGUAAGCAGUUACAGCAGGGCAUGGUUAAGAUGAGCUUGUGGACGCUACCGGACAUCCUCAUCCUCCACCUGAAGCGCUUCAGGCAAGUGGGCGAACGGAGAAACAAGCUGACCACCUUCGUUAAUUUCCCCCUGGUGGACCUGGACAUGACGCCGCACAUGGUGAACCGCAACCACGACACGCAUCAGCCUCCGCCUCAACCGGGCUGGAAGCAGUCCAGACGGUCCGACCUGGCUACUCCUGAUUUCCUGUACGAUCUAUAUGCCGUGUGCAACCACCAUGGAGGGAUGCAUGGGGGGCAUUACACAGCCUUCUGUCGAAAUUCUGUGGACGGUCAGUGGUACAGCUACGAUGACAGCAAUGCUGAGGCAGUUCCAGAGGGAGAUGUGUGCACACGAGGCGCCUAUAUCCUCUUCUAUCAAAGACGAAAAACCAUCCCGUCGUGGUCUGCAAGUUCUUCAGUCACUGGUUCCACCAGCUCCACCACUUCUGACCACUGGCUCGUGCGACUCACAGGGGGAAGUGACAGAGGUGCCCUGGUGACAGCAGCAUCCAUCUCGGGGCACCCAGCACCUAUGCAGCCUCCGGAGUCUGCUGAUGUGCCAGUGCUAGGAGAGGAACUGCACAAAACAGCAGACACAAAUGGAUUUGAGUCCAAACCAUUUGUCCGUGGGACCCAGGCAAGGAGUGUCAGCAUGAGAUCGCCAACUAAGCCCAAGGAGACUUUGAGCAAAGUCCUGCCGCUGCGAUGGUCCUUUGGAGCCAAGGACCGCGUAAAGCAUUCGGUCGAGACCCAGUCUGGGGAACUGGUAGCAUAUCUGGAGUCUGGCCGCCGUCCACGAUGUACCAAGGACCCGAUCGUAGCACUGGUGGCCACCCCGCCGCAAAGGCAUGGCCAGGGAAGAGCCUUUGAGGGCGGACAAGAGCGCAGCUCACCAAGCAGUACCAGCCUUAGCUGCGCAGAAACAUUCUACUCCCCCAAAAUACCAGAGGGACAGAGCAGGCCUGGUAUGGAGAGACACCUCAGUAACAUUGUCAAAGGCAGGGAUGAGGGUUCUCUGAGGAUGAGGUCAUCUCAUAAGAGAGCGAGGCAGGAGCACGGCAGGACUUUGGACAUUCAACUUCAAAGAGUGGCCAUGUUGGGAGCGCAUAUCAGCCAUAGUGCACCACCAAGCAGAGAUUCCACACUGAGAAAAAACAAAGUCCAUUUCGGGGGGAACAUCAGAGCACCAAAAGAUGCGUCAGUCGUUCAACCGGAGGGACAAAGGGGGCGUGAGGGUCAGAGCCAAGAGAGCCUCGUGGCCUUUUUCAAACCUGGUUUCAUUCGGAAAGACAUGCCGAGCUCGCCACUGAAGGAUCACGAAAGACGUGUGAAUGGAUACGCACAUUUGGGAAAGCUGGUAAGCAGCGAUUUCACCAAACUGUCCCUCUCCAAUGGAACGCUGAGCGCAAUGUCAAAAGACGAGCAUAAGGCCAACAUGCUGCCCUGCUGCAAGGUGCAGCUGCUGAAUGGAGAGGCUGCGUGUCAUGACUGCGCAGACAUCAAGCGUGCUCACAGCUCCAGUAACAUUCAGACAAAGCUGGAUGUGGCGUUCCACAGGUGCGCCUCACUGCAGAGGAACGGGGACAUUGCGGCCCCGCACCGCGUCGUGCUCUCGGACAAGCCCAGCUUUGCCACCCUACAGAGGACACGAUUCAGUACCACCUCACUGGUGCCUCUGUGACAUCCCACAUGACUUGUGGACGCCUCAGACUUUUCACCUACCGAAAGCAUCGCUGGGAAGAAGGAGUGUCUUCUUUCCUCUGUUUUUACAGUAGUACUGUUACUUCUUACCUGUGUGUGUCUUAAACUAAAUCUAUGCAGAGUUGAAUUAUUGAGGUGAGUUACUGGUGUCAUUUGUAGGAGUUGUGCCGUUGGAUUUUGCCUCCUGCUAAUACAUGACUUUGGAAUACAGUGAACCUGCGCUAUUCGAGAGGGACAGGCGAGCAACAAUAUGGAGGCAAAGAAGUAAUUUUGUCUCAAUGAACCUUCUCAACUCACUUCAUCAUAGUUCCUUACCGCCAAGAUGCCACAAAAUAGCAGCAAAACAGUACUUUUGUUUAAAUGAAACUCCUCAGUUCCCAUCAACAUAGUUCCUUGGAACCAAGAUGCCGCAGGAUGGCUCUAAAGUAAUACUUUCAUUGCUUCGGCCAAAGCACAAAACCAGCAAAAUCGUGAGUUUUUGAGCAAAUAAAAGAAAAUAAUUUCCUUACAAAGAAAACGGUGAAUAGGCAAAUUCGUAAAUUACUAACCGCAAAUAUGCAUGGGUUCACUGUGUUUUUAAAGCUGAGGCAUGUUCACUACAUCACACAUGGGAAGAGGAGUAGAUUUGAAUUUAAAUACAACACAGUUAAAACAUAUAUAUAUACUUGGUUUUACACACUCAGAAAAUGCACUGUAAAUUGGCUGUUUAAUCAUUAUGUUUUUGUAAUAUUGCACUUUUAUAAAAGGCUUAUUUUCUUACCUGACUUAAAUUUGUAUGUCCUUUACGAUAGUCCAAGUUUAAGAAGAAUGACACUGUUCCAAAUUAUUAUUCUUGUUUUUUAGUGAUACAGGUAUUGAUUGAAAAAAUAUUCUGUGGGAAUAUGUUCAAUGAGGAUGUACAGAUGAGCCACAGUAUGUUUGGGAAAUUUCCUGACUUCCAAUUUGGUUAAGAAAUUAAACUUAAUCCAAGAAAAAUACGAAACUUGUUUGCAUACAUGCCAACAUUUUAUUUAUUUUUGCACCCCAGCAGUGUGUGUGUGUGUGUGUCUGUGUGUAGGUGUGUGUGUUUGUGCGUGCGUGCGUGCGUGUGUUUAUAAUUGUUGGAAUUAUAUACAGAAAUUAAAUUAAGUGAAGUUUAACCCCUCCUUAUAAAAGAUUGUGUCAAGACCAAUUGACAAUGUGAAUUUGAAGCUAGUUUAUACAAGGAGAAGAUACACUCUGAGAGCAUGUAAUGUCACAGUCACAGUUAACACUUACACUUCAGUAACAACAUACACAAACAUUAGAAUUAUAAUACUCCUUUUUCUGAUGAAGGAGGAAAGUCACAAAUUUAAAGAUGCUCGUGAAAAAUCUGAAUUAACCAUUCCCACUUCCUAAAUGAUUACCGUAUUUUCACGACCAUAGGGCGCACCGUAUUAAAAGGUGCAGUCUCAGUUACGGGGUCUAUUUCUGUAUUUAACACAUACAUAAGGCGCACCGUAUUAUUGGGCGCAGGCAUGGUAAAACAUACGCUAGCUUAAAACAUACGCUAGCAUGCAUGCACGCGAAAACAAUGUUUUUAAAAAGACAGCGGGAGCAAAACUGAGUUCGGUUGUACUUUAUUGAAGUAUUUAACAAUGUACUCACGUUAUUUUUUGAUCAAUCCUCAUCCACAAAUCCAUCAAAGUCCUCAUGUUCUGUGUCCGAAAUGAACAGCUGGUUCUCCAUCAAACACGCCAAGUUGGAGUCAUUCUCGUUACUGUGCGACUCCUCAGAAAUGAUGCCGGCUUUUACGAAAGCUCGAACAACAGUGCAAGCAGACACGUUAGCCCAAGCAUCCACAAUCCAUUCACAAAUUGUGGCGUAACUCGCCCGGCGCUGCCUCCUAGUCUUAGUAAAACUGUGUUCGCCAUCUGUCAUCCAUGGCUCCCACGCUGCUCGCAACUUAACUUUGAACGCCCUGUUUACACCGAUGUCCAGCGGUUGGAGUUCAUUAAUCCAUUGCUCAAGUUGGUCUUCCAACUCGGGCCACCUCGCCUUGUUUCCGAGUUUUUUUUUUUUUUUUUUUUUUCCCAUGGAAACGCAGCUUCGUCUUCUUGACUUGGCGAAGCUCGUUUUCCUGCUUCCUCCACUUGCGAACCAUGGAUUCGUUGAUCUUGAAUUCUCUCGGGGUUGCUCAAUUCCCAUGUUCCUCCGCGUAACUGAUAGCUUGCAGUUUAAACUGUGUUUCGUAAGCCUGUCUCUUUGUAGGUGCAGUUUUCGACUGCGGUCAAGCCAGCCUCCACUCGUAAAGUAGCAGUCAAACCAGCAGCCCCUAAUUUUGUUCAUACUAGGCAUUACGGUAAUACGUCGCCAACUCGCGGCGAAAGCCACCUUAAAAAUAAAAGCUUCCCAAUAAUACGGACGUCAGUGCUCUUCGGUUAAUGAAUGCAACCAGCAAAGUUAAUUUGAAUUUUGAAAUACAUUUAAAAAAUGUAGUUUAUUUGAUAUCUUAGGAAAAAUAAAUGGUAAAUGGACUGCACUUAUAUAGCACUUUAUCAGAAUCAGAAUCAGAAUCAGAAUCAUCUUUAUUUGCCAAGUAUGUCCAAAACACACAAGGAAUUUGUCUCCGGUAGUUGGAGCCGCUCUAGUACAAUCUACAUCAUCACAGUGCCCAAAGCGCUUUACAAAGCCUCACAUUCACACAUACAUUCAUAAACCAAUGGGCGACUGCUGCCAUGCGAGGCGCUGCCAGGCCCACUGGGAGCAAAUUAGGGUUCAGUGUCUUGCCCAAGGACACUCCGACACGCGGACAGUCGUAGCAGGGAUUCGAACCCGUUCUACCUAUUGAACCAACGCCACCCCAACAUAAUCCCAUUGGUAUCGCAAGACAAGUCCAGAUCAGUGUGACAGACCACCAAGGACUCCACUAAAAGAGGUUUGAUGAAGAUCUGAUGUUGUAUUUCAAAAUAAAAGUCUCUGAAAAGUGCAUAUUUUGCUGUCAUUACCCCUGACUGAAAAAAUCUGAGAUACGUCCGUAUUAUUGGGAAGCUUUUAUUUUUAAAGUGGCUUUCGCCGCGUGUUGGCAACUUAUUACCGUAAUGCCUAGUAUGAACAAAAUUAGGGUUAGAGGCUGGCUUGACCGGCGCUAUAUACCUACUGGGGGCGUGCCUUUAGCGUCCUCCUUUACGCGCACCCUUCCCCCUUUACGUCCGCUUUUCCUCUGUAUAAGCGUGUCGGCAGGAAAUGCUCCCAGUCAGUCAAGCGGAGCGCUCAUCACGCAACAUUUAUAGAUGUUGGAACUGGGUGCACACAUAAGGCGCGCCGCAUUAUAAGGCGCCCCGUCCAUUUUGGAGAAAAGUUAAGACUUUUAAGUGCGCCUUAUGGUCGUGAAAAUACGGUAUGUGAGUUUCAAUUUUGUGUUUUAUUCAUUGUAAAACUGUUCCACUGGGAAUAUUAGAGUUUGGGAGUGUGAAGGAGAGACGUGACUGGGUGCCCCUUUGCAGCUGUGGUCAACUCAGCACGCUUUAUCAAAAGGCAAUGAAGGAUGUUUAUAGAUUAUAUUUUAUUACUAACUUUUUUAAAAGUCUACAUUUUGUACUGACAUGUAAUAUUAAGAAUUGUUUUAUGUUAUUAUGUGGAUGGGGGCGGGUUGAACUACAGUGGGUACGGAAAGUAUUCAAACCCCCUUAAAUUUUUCACUCUGUUAUAUUGCAGCCAUUUGCUAAAAUCAUUUAAAUUAUUUUUUUUCCUCAUUAAUGUACAACGCAAAUCCAAUUACGUUGGGACGUUGUGUUAAACAUAAAAAAAAAACUGAAUACAAUGAUUUGCAAAUCAUGUUCAACCUAUAUUUAAUUGAAUACUCUACAAAGACAAGCUAUUUAAUGUUCAAACCGAUGAACUUUAUUGUUUUUAGCAAAUAAUCAUUAACUUCGAAUUUUAUGGCUGCAACACGUUCCAAAAAAGCUGGGUCAGGUGGCAAAAAAGACGAAGAAAGUUGAGGAAUGCUCAUCAAACACCUGUUUGGAAAAGGCUAAUUGGGAACAGGUGGGUGCCAUGAUUGGAUAUAAAAGGAACUUCCCUGAAUUGCUCAGUCAUUCACAAGCAAAGAUGGGGCAAGGUUCACCUCUUUGUGAACAGGUGCGUGAGAAAAUAGUCGACAAGGACUUUAGGGAUUUCACCAGCUACAGUCCAUAAUAUCAUCAAAAGAUUCAGAGAAUCUGGAGAAAUCACUGCAAGUAAGCGGCAAGGCCGAAAACCAACAUUGAAUGCCCGUGACCUUCGAUCCCUCAGGCGGCACUGCAUCAAAAACCGACAUCAACGUGUAAAGGAUAUCACCACAUGGGCUCAGUCAGUCAGUAAAUACAGUUUGGCGCUACAUCCGUAAGUGCAACUUGAAACUCUACUAUGCAAAGCAAAAGCCAUUUAUCAACAACACCCAGAAACGCCGCCGGCUUCUCUGGGCCCGAGCUCAUCUAAGAUGGACUGAUGCAAAGUGGAAAAGUGUUCUGUGGUCCGACAAGUCCACAUUUCAAAUUAUUUUGGAAAUUGUGGAUGUCGUGUCCUCCGGGCCAAAGAGGAAAAGAACCAUCCGGACUGUUAUGGACGCAAAGUUCAAAAGCCAGCAUCUCUGAUGGUAUGAGGCUGUAUUAGUGCCAAUGGCACGGGUAACUUACACAUCUGUGAAGGCACCAUUAAUGCUGAAAGGUACAUACAGGUUUUGGAGAAACAUAUGCUUCCAUCCAAGCAACGUCUUUUUCAUGGACGGCCCUGCUUAUUUCAGCAAGACAAUGCCAAACCACAUUCUGAACGUGUUACAACAGCGUGGCUUCGUAGUAAAAGAGUGCGGGUACUAGACUGGCCUCCCUGCAGUCCAGACCUGUCUCCCAUUGAAAAUGCGUGGCGCAUUGAAGCGUAAAAUACGACAACGGAGACCCCGGACUGUUGAACAGCUGAAGCUGUACAUCACGCAAGAAUGGGAAAGAAUUCCACCUACAAAGCUUCAACAAUUACUGUCCUCAGUUCCCAAACGUUUAUUGAAUGUUGUUAAAAGAAAAGGUGAUGUAACACAUGACCCUCUCCCAACUUUUUGGGAACGUGUUGCAGCUAUAAAAUUCCAAGUUAAUAAUUAUUUGCUAAAAACAAUAAAGUUUAUCAGUUUGAACAUUAAAUAUCUUGUCAUUGUAGUGUAUUCAAUUAAAUUAAAUUAGGUUGAACAUGAUUUGCAAAUCAUUGUAUUCUGUUUUUAUUUAUGUUUAACACAGUCCCAACUUCAUUGGAAUUGGGGUUGUACACACAGCACCCUAUAUUGACAGAAAAAAAAGAAAUGUUGAAAUUUUUGCAGAUUUAUUAAAAAGAAAAACUGAAAUAUCAGACAGCCAUAAGUAUUCAGACCCUUUGCUCAGUAUUUAGUAGAAGCACCCUUUUGAGCUAAUACAGCCAUGAGUCUUUUGGGGGAUAUGAUGCAACAACUUGUUCACACCUGGAUUUGGUGAUCCUCUGCCAUUCCUCCUUGCAGAUCCUCUCCAGUUCUGUCAGGUUGGAUGGUGAACGUUGGUGGACAGCCAUUUUCAGGUCUCUCCAGAGACAAUUGGGUUUAAGUCAGAGCUCUGGCUGGUCCAUUCAAGAACAGUCACGGAGUUGUUCUGAAGCCACUCCUUCGUUAUUUUACCUGUGUGCUUCGGGUCAUUGUGAGGCUCAGUCCGAUGUCCUGAGCACUCUAGAGAACGUUUUGUCUAGGAUAUCCCUUUACUUGGCCGCAUUCAUCUUUCCUUUGAUUGCAACCAGUUGUCCUGUCCCUGCAGCUGAAAAACACCCCCACAGCAUGAUGCUGCCACCACCAGGCUUAACUGUUGGGACUGUAUUGAACAGGUGAUGAGCAGUGCCUGGUUUUCUCCAAACAUACCGCUUAGAAUUAAUCGUAAAAAGUUCUAUCUUGCUCUCAUCAGACCAGAGCAUCUUAUUUCUCACCAUCUUGGAGUCCUUCAGGUGUUUUUUAGCAAACUCCAUGCGGGCUUUCAUGUGUCUUGCACUGAGGAGAGGCUUCCGUCGGGCCGCUCUGCCAUAAAGCUCCGACUGGUGGAGGGCUGCAGUGAUGGUUGACUUUCUAGAACUUUCUCUCAUCUCCCAACUGCAUCUCUGGAGCUCAGCCAUAGUGAUCUUUGGGUUCUUCUUUACCUCUCUCACCAAGGCGCUUCUCCCCCGAUUGCUCAGUUUGGCCGCACGGCCAGCUAUAGGAAGGGUUCUGGUCGUCCCAAACGUCUUCCAUUUAAGGAUUAUGGAGGCCACUGUGCUCUUAGGAACCAUAAGUGUAGCAGAAUAUUUUUUUUUGUAACAUUGGCCAGAUCUGUGCCUUGCCACAAUUCUGUCUGAGCUCUUCAGGCAGUUCCUUUUACCUCAUGAUUUCCAUUUGCUCUGACAUGCACUCUGAGCUUGUAAGGUCUUAUAUAGACAGGUGUGUGACUUUCCUCAUCAAGUCCAAUCAGUAUAAUCAAACACGGCUGGGCUCCAAUGAAGGUUUUAGAACCAUCUCAAGGAUGAUCAGAAGAAAUUGACAGCACUUGAGUCAAAUAUAUGAGUGUCACAGCAAAGGGUCUGAAUAUUUAUGGUUGUGUGAUAUUUCAGUUUUUCUUUUUUAAUAAAUCAGCAAAAAUUUCAACAAUUCUAUUUUUUUCUGUCAAUAUGGGGUGCUGUGUGUGCCUUAAUGAGGAAAAAAAUGAACGUAAAUGAUUUUAUCAAAUGGCUGCAAUAGAACAAAGAGUGGAAAUUUUAAGGGGCUCUGAAUACUUUCUGUACCCACUGUAGGUACACUUUAGCCCGCAUUGGACUUUCUGUAUCUGCUUCUCGUACUGACAUUCUGGAUUUCACAUUAAACACAUUUUUCUCACAAAUAA